AUGGGUUUUGGUGUAAGCAAAGAGCAAUCAAUGGCUAGAGCUAUUGAAAACCAAGAUAUCAGUGAAUUAAGAACAAUUAUUAAAGAUUUAAGUGCUGAAGAAAUUCGUAAUUUAUGCAAGUCUUAUGUACCUUCUGACGAGAGUCAAUGUACCAUACUUCACUAUGCAACAUGGCAAGACAAUCCCGACUUAUUAGCACCAUUGAUAGAUUAUGUUGAUGAUUUUGAAGUGCGUGAUGAACAUGGUUGGACUCCAUUAAUGGCAGCUGUUAAUCGAGGUAGUAAACAAAAUGUUAGUAUGUUAUUAGCACGUGGUGCUAAAGUUGAUUGUGAUGGGGUUGGAGGUAUGAGUCUUAUUGCCGAUGCUAUGAAUUUCGAUGAUAUGGAACUUAUAACAAUGCUUAUGGAUCAUGGAGCUCGUGUUGCACCAACACCUGAAAUGCUUGCUAAUAGUGAAGAUGAAAAUGCAUAUUAUUUAUUACAUUAUGCUGUUGAUGAUGGUCUCUAUGAGGUAGCAAAAUUACUAAUUGAAAGAGGCAAAAUACCAUUAAAUACAUUAGACCAAUCAGGCUGGAGUUCAAUGCAUUUAGCUGCAGGACAUAAUAAUAUAGACAUGCUAAAAUUACUUUUAGAUAAAGGUGCUGAUAUUAAUAUUAAAGAUUCUCAAGGCAAUACACCAUUGGCAUGGGCAAGGGAAAUUAAUGCUACUGAGACUGCUAAUGAAUUACAAGGACGUGGUGGUACAGCUGAUAAAGAAUGGCAUGGAGAGAAACCCGAACUGAAAACUCCUGAAGAACGUGAACAAGAAGCAUACGAACAAGGUGAAUAUGAUGAAGAAGGUGAAUAUGUGAAAAACGGUGAAGAACAGCAAUGGGAAGGCGAAACUAAUGAUGUUGAAUAUGGUCGAUUUGAAAUUGAAGUUGAAAAUGCAAAAUCAAAAACACAAAAUUCUUCAAAUAACAAAGAUUUCAAUAUUCUUGAUGGACUGCAACGUCAACGUCCAACUGCCAGUACAACAUUUUAA